AUGCGCGACCAGCUCGGCCGGGACAACCCCAUCAUCAUCACCUCGGGCGGGAUCGGGGGCGACUUCAGCCACGGCUGCACCUUCGUGGAGGCCGCGGUCUACUACACCCCGCCGCUCACAACCGCGGACGAGCUGGAGCAGGCCGCCCGCGCCCUCGAGACCGUCGUCCUCAGGAACCGCCUCGACACCUACGGCGCCCCCUACGAGCGCCUGGACGUCUACUCGCUGCCCCCCACGACAACAGGCGACGAGGCCGAUGAGGACGCCCGGGACGGGCUCUUCGCCUCCGCCGCCGGCGCAGACGCCGCCGUGCGCCGCUGCGUCGCGCACCAGCGGGCCGAGAUCGCCGCGCGCAGGGAGCGAGGCGGCAAGGAGUGGUUCAUCCAGCGCUACGACGUGCCCAAGGGCGACUGGGGCCGUGCCAUCGUCGUGGUGCGCACGCACGUGGCCGAGUGGGAGUGGGAGAGGCCCGACAAGACGGGCCGCGGGCUGGUGCUGUCGACGGUCAUGUUUGACCACACCGAGGAGGGCGCGGCGCCCGACGAGGUGUGGGUCGCGUCGGGCUCCGCCGAGGGGGACGUCUGGGUGCUGGUCCACGAGGUGAGGUCCGAGCUGAACUGGGAGCACAGCUAUGUGCAGUUUUUGGAUUAGGUGUAGGCGGGCGGGCGUAUGGCACGGUUACGCUUCAAGGAAUUGCUACCUAGGUAGCAUCGAGUCGUCGGCUGAGGGGGAUUGCGUGGCCGCGGCUAACGUUGGGACCUGAGAGCAACGCCACUCGUCUGGCAGUAGUCGUGAUAACAUUUGAAGAUUGAAGUGACUGAGAGGAACGUAUAGCGCGA